UACCAAGACAGGUUGGUCGCUACGCAUACUUCGCUGGCCCUGUCGUCAUUCGAUAUCUACGCACUCUAUUCACCCGACAAUGCGGUGACACUUCCGCUGCCUCCGAAGCUAAGUCCUCGUGACUUUGGAAUCAACAUACGAUUGCCCGGCACUGCUUGUAUUAGUAACGGUGUCCACCAUACCAUGAUGUGCCGAGUGACAUAGACCUAUUGCACCAUUGGCUGUGCCGCGCUGUUGGGGCCGACUUUAUAUUCUGGGGGUCCUCCAUGGCCCCUCUCGAGGUGCCACUCUAGCCCGCCCGUGUAGGAUGCAGCCACCAAAAUGAUUGACAGAGGUAUGGGAUUUCCCGCCGAUGGCGUCGACAAUCAUGGCUGGAAGUUAUACGUCACAUCGUUAGUAAUGAUCAUUUCAUCAGGUCUGUUUGUCGUUGCGAGAUGUAUUGCACGGUACUCGAUACACAAACUUGGAUCAGACGAUGUUGCCAUUAUUGUUUCUCUGAUAUCCUCUAUCCUUCUUUCGACGUACAUACAACUUGCCAUACACCACGGCUACGGAAUGCACAAAGCCGAUCUCGAAAAGCCCGAUCUUCGAAUGGCGUUGAAGAUGUUCUUUAUCGCUCAGACGCCAUACAAAGCAACCGUCUGCCUCAACAAAGUCGCUGCGAUCCUACUUUAUCUCCGACUAUUUGUCACAAAAUCGUUUCGUGUUUGGUCUUUCGUCGUGCUGGGAGUUGUAGUGGGAUACAGUAUUGGUGGUAUUGCAGCGACAAUUUGGCAAUGCGUCCCCAUCAAGGGCGCAUGGGACAAGUCAGUGGAUGCCAAAUGUAUCGACUCAAAUAAGUUUUGGGUUGCCUACGCUGUCCUCAACAUCUUGACCGACGUUAUGGUCUUGGCUCUUCCGAUUAUGCCCAUCAUGAGGCUUCAGACCAGUAGACGGGAGAAACUCCUCCUCUGCUGCAUCUUUCUUCUAGGUGGAUUUGUCACCAUUACAUCGAUCCUCCGAGUAACAUCCGUAUCAAACUCUCUGAAGAAUAAGAAAGACAUGACCUGGAACUUUAUUGAUCGCGGCGUAUGGACUCUUAUCGAAGCUAACCUGGGAAUCAUCGCCGCAUGUCUACCAGUGCUACGACAGCCUCUGGGCAAGAUCUUCCCCCGCAUUUUCGGAUCUACCAAAAAGAGCUCCUUGUACUACACAGGGCCAGGUGGUCCUGCAAAAGGCUACAACUUGUCAGAUAUAGCUGCUCGAAGCCCUCGACCAGGUAUUUGGAAGAGCGACGCAUCUCGAUCUGAACAAAUUAUUUCUGUUGGAGGACCGCAAACAGAGGCAAGUCGGGACAGCGACGAGCGUUGUAUUAUUGCCGAUUCGGUGAAAGGGAGCGAUUUUGGGAGUGAGCUGGCUGCUCACAAGCCCGUUCUAAGCAGAUAGAAGCCACAAAAGUUAUCAAUUGUUUUCCGGAGCUCAUACCAGCACAGAGUCACCAACUGCGUUAGGCUAACCCAAUAUACAGUAAUGGAAUCCCCCAUCUAUACUAGCUUAUUCUCCCC